AUGAUUCCACAACCCGGUGCCAUCCUACGAAUCGGGGACGUUCUUACGGCCCAGUGGAGGGAAUCAGGCAGGCAUCCCCUGAUCUCUGACCUCCUAUACUAUGAUCUCUAUCUCUGCGCCGGCGGGCAGGUAGCGGGCACUUAUGAAGAUGUAGCUCUGCUUUCGAGAGGUAACCUCUUUGCGAGGGGUAACUCACUAUCCUUCACGCUCGACCGCAGCAUAAGGGACAAUGGUGCAAAUACAUACUUUUUAAAAACGGUCUCUUGGGGCGCGGGUGCCUCCGUCAUUAAUGUUUCUGGACAGUUCACUAUCACUAAUAUGACCAGUCCUGUCUCAACAUCCGUCUUGCACAGCUUGCCUCCCACAAUUAACAACUCUGCACUUUCGGAUUGUGAAAUGUCCAGACAUCAUGAACUACGAAAGAGACAAGUAGAAGAGGCUUUUACAGUCCCAUAUCAGUUGCAGACCGGGCCUACCAGAUAUGCGCCAAUGGCCAAGAAGCCUGCAAGCACAAUUCCAGCCAAAGUGCCGACUCCCCAGUUUCCAGCAAGCGCAUAUACCAUCGCCACAACCUAUCUCCCCCCAGCAACCGUUCAGGUCACCCUCUCCGCCUCUGUGACAUACUCCGUGGCCAGUAUCGAGAAUACUGCCUCUCCCGCACCACAUUUGCACGACGCACAAAUGAGGCGAUUCUUAGAAAGAUGGAAAGAUUAG